AUGGAUUCUGUAAUCAUGUUCGGUACUCAGUACAUAUUAUCAAUGGCUAUAAUUACAUUUUUUAAUAUAAAAGCUUUACAAACAGGAAACAGUUAUGUGCAUUUCACCAGGUACUGGUUUGCAUUUAAGUUUUUCUACAACACGUCUGCCAAUCAAAUAGACUACAAUAGAAAAUGUUCGCAAGAAGUUGCCAAAUCCGCGGAUCAAGCAUUCGUAAUUGUUGAUGGAGACAAUUUAGGGAAAAAUGAGGUUAUGGUAAAAGACAUAAUCGAUGUCUUAUUGCCAGCACUAGCGGCGGAGGGGCGCGUGCCCGAGUUGGGCGCCCACGCCGCGCUGCUGCUGGCGGCGGCCGCGGCCCGCGCUGGCCGAAACAGCGCCGCUGCUUGCGCCUGCAGCGCUGCUUGCACGCCAGAGCCUGCGCGCGGCGGCGGGCCGGCGCGGCGGCUGGCAGCGACUGCGCUGCCAAGCCAACAGCCCGCGCCGGGGCGCUGCUGCCCGCGGACGCGGACUGGCGCGCGCCUUCUCCGCCAGCUUUGCAGCCUUUCUCUUGUGCGUGCUGCGAUGGCGCAAGUGGCUGUGUGGCGGUGGCAGUGGCUGGAGUUGCGUUGGCCGCAGGCGUGGCGCGCUGGGCGCAAGCCGGCGAUGGAGCGCGGCCGCUGCGGCGCGUGGUGGCGGGCGGGGGCGGGGGCGGGGCGCUGGCGGGGCGUGCGCCCGCCGCCUGCGCCGCCCUCGCGCCGCCGCCGCCUGCGCUCAAGGGCAGACCUCACAGGUGUCACCUUUAGGGCCGUCUCUGGAUUUUUUCGAUUUGAAAGAAUUGGAACUUUAUCUCAACUUCGCUUUGCUGCUGAUUUAUUUGAAGAAAUUUGGUGUUCCAUGGAGGAAUAUUACAACUUCACGACGAUUUGGAUAUCUCGCAACUAUACCGAGUUCGGCAUUAAAUUGUCUAAUGGCAGCUGGGGUGAUGUCAUCGGGACAUUGAUGGAUGGAGGCAGUGAUGUUGGGAUAGGAGACGUAUCAUUUACUAGGCUUCGGAAGGAAGUAGUUGACUUCCUAGAUCCUGUCUUUAACCCA